AUGAAGAGGAUUGACAGAGUCAUGCUGUCAGUGGCGAAGUUCAUCGGCAUGUCGACGAAGGACAUAAACAUUGUCAUCGACCAUCACUAUAUGUCCAAGGUCUACACUUGCGGCUCCACCGUUUCUGGCCAUGUUGAAAUCAACCCACGAACGGAUAUUCCGUUCAGUUUAGUUCAAAUAAGUCUUCUUGAAAAAGCCAGCAUCAGACAAGAGGACGCCUACGUCUUUACGCACUCGACUCACCUUUUUCUUCAGUUGUAUAUGCCUGUGCCUGAAUCCGCAUUACCGACGUCGAGACUGUUCAAGGUCGGGCACUCUUUCACUAUCCCGUUCCAAUUCGUCAUUCCCCACAAUCUCCCCGAAGGCUCGUGCCGCCACCGAGUGGAAUCGAGUUUGAUACGCAGGCGUCACCUUCAACUCCCGUCCACCUUGACUGGGUGGGAUAAGGACGAUUUGUCUCCAGAAACCAUGGAGGUCCGGUACUGCGUCAAAGCCGUGGUAUCAGAAAAGGCUACAAAUGUCGCAAAGCAACCAUCGCUGAAGAUGGAGGCAGAACAGUUCAUCAACCUCCUUGCAACUUCGCCCGAGGACCUCCCGAUCACCAUCAACAAGAAAGACCUUAACUUCGCGUUGAAAAACACAAGGCAUCUACGAAAAUGCAAACGCGCAGGCUCUACUGGUUACAUUACCGCUAAAUCAGCCCAACCAGAAGCCGAUCACAGUAAAGUCUGUGAAGAUUUUGGCACAUACUUGGGGCUUUCCGCGGCCAAAGUCAAUGUUGCCAGAUAUAGGAAGCGAUGGGGAGUCACUCGUGGUUUCCACGCGAGUUAUUGUAGACUCAUUUUUAAGUACACCUUGGACAGAGCAUGCCACCUCACCAGUUCAAUGGACAUCCAGAAGUAA